GGAAAUCUUUGACAGAAAGGCGGGAGUUACCGAUGUCAAACCUGAAAGUAACAAGAAGGAUAAAGAAGGAUUGUUUUGUGAAUAAAGAACCAAACACUCUACCUAGCCAUGUCUUCGGGAGCCACACAUUUUGGUGUCGUUGACCAAGCAAUAAAGUCGAUGAAAACCGUUGAGGAGUAUAUUGACGUUGGUAUGGAAACAACGAUAGAUGUUGUACAAGACUUGGUGGAAAAUGAUAAAGAAAAUGAGGCUGGAGUGUCGGAGCUUGAGUCCGUAAUGAAAAGUUAUAUCAAGAUGGAGUCAGAUCUACACAGAUUCCUAGAAGCAGUCAACCAGGUCAAACAAAAGACAUCCAAGUCACGGGAGCGUUUGGAUUUGGAGAGCCUGCUAGAUAAGACAUUAGAGGAACUGCCAGAGGGCAACGUGGAGCUGCUUUGUCACGACCAUGAAAAGUUUAAAGACUUCAAGGAGAGGAUAUUAGAAAUUCAGCAUCCAGACGAUGAGUCUACACCAGCACCGUCCAUGCCUGGGUCAUCAGGUACAGCCGAUGAUGAUGUUGCCAUGACACAGCCGGAGAUCAACACACGCUGUCCAUAUACGGGAAUGGAGAUGAAAAACCCUGUGAAAAACAAAGUCUGUGGUCACAAGUAUGACAAGGAGGGCAUAAUGCAGCACAUCAAAAACAAGGGGAAACGUGCCAAGUGUCCCAUCAAUGGCUGUGGUAAUACGAAGGCCUUAGAGGUCAGCUGUCUAGAGGAAGACCGAGAACUCAAACGCUUCAUCGAACGUAAACAAAGAGGAAAACGCUCACAGCGGACUUAGUAUCAGAGCUACAUGAAGUGAACGUGAAUCAGUUUUAAAUAUUUGUGUUAUAACAAUGAACCUUUGCCAGGUUUAAAUCAUGUGACCUUUACUAGUUUUAAAUAUUUUUGUUCUAACAACAAACCUUCGAUCAACUUGGAUCAGAGUUUGGACAGAUGAUAAAAAGCAGGCUAUGCUAGGACGUAUACAAAGAGGCAAAUUCUCAGAGCGGACUAAGUGUCUGGGUCAAAUCAUGUGACCUUUACCUGUUUUAAAUAUUUUUGUUAUAACAAUGAACCCUUCAAUCAACUUGGAUACAUAAUAAGCAUUUUGGACAAAUGUUUAUUUCAUUUCAUGAUAGAACUCAAUAUACUACUAGAUGUUAAUGAUCUUUACUUAUGAUUUUGUUCUCAUGAGUGUAUAUUUACCACCGUAUGGCGUUGCCACUAUAAUACCCAACCAAAUCAGUUGGCAUUCAUAAAAGGCUAAGAGUGAUAACAUUUUCCAUGAGAUGAACAGAUUCCAAAAAUGGUAAAUAUAUAUAAAUUCCAACAAAUACAAAUCCAACAUGAAGCGCUUCAUUGCAUUUGCCUUUCUCCACUCUCCUAGGAAUGCUGUCGUGUCAAAGGGGCUGUGUAUAUGUAGUAUCGGGGUAUUUAGAAUUUCGAUUUCUCAAAAUGUUCCAAACAAAAAUUUGUUUAGACUUUGAUUUCAAUUUUAUGCUUAAAUUUUUAUCCUUUGACAGAAAUAAGUGUUUCUUUUAAUGUGUCAUUUUGUUUUAUGUAUUAUUUUUUCUUCUGACAAAUGAAAUAUGACAUUAAAAGGAAUGCAGUGUAACGUAUUGGCUGUAAUUAGUGCCCCGCCCCCUUUUUGGGGCUUAUUGAAUGAUGUUAACGCCCCCUUUCCCACACACUCUAUUUGGGCCCUCUUUAGUUAACCUUUGCAUGGUUUAUAUCAGACACUACAGUCUUGCAAUCUGAUUACGGCAAAUAUGGUGCUAAUCUUCUUUGUAGAUGUUUAAGAAACUUGAACAAAUGACUGGUACCUUGUGCAAUUGCCGAUUGUUUUUAGUUCCACUGUUUUUAUUGGAGUUAUUCCCCUUUUCUGAUUUUUUAUGAGGGAUCGGGUAUACAAGUAAGUCUGUGAGUGACAGUUCUAGUUGCUGACGUUUUGAGGAGGAAAUUGAAGAUGUAUUGAAUGAGAAAGGGAGAGAGGACUUGAGAUGGAUUAUAAAGUUGUAUGGAGAGAAAAUUGAAGAUGUAUUGAAUGAGAAAGGGAGACAGAACUUGUGAUGGAUUAAGAGAAGAUUUAAGAUGAGGGAGAAAAAGGGAGAGAAUGAAAGUUUUGUGGAGAAUAUUGAACAUAAUUAUAUUAAAUAAGAAAGGGAGAGGUCUUGAGAUUGACUACAAUUGUACUUUAACUCGGGUGACUGUUAAGGCCAAAGGGCCUCUUGUUAAGUUGCCAAACACUCAGUAAGCCUUAACAAAUUAAGAAUCUUUCCCCAUCUCACCUUGGGGUGUUGGGUUGAAAGACUUUCUUCAUCUCAACCCAAAGGGGUUAAAUGAUUCUAUUAAUACAAGUUGAAUUGCAUGUAUAUGUCAAACUGUAAUGUUACCAAAAUUUAGUCGUGAAUUGAGAGUUUGUACUACAUGUGCUUGCCAGUGAUAUACCAGUAUGUCUUGUAUAAUAUGUGCAGAUGUUAUGGGUGAAAUAAAAGAUUGAGAAAAUGGUAAAGAUAAA